GAAGAUCAGAAUCCACUCAUUUUGACUGAAGGCUAUCUCUUCAAACAAAUUCCAAAUCAUCCCAACAACAGAAAAUAGUGAUCAAAGCUCAUGGCAUCUCUUGCAACCGUCGCCGCCGUGAAACCAUCCGUCGCCGUAAAAGGCCUUGGCGGCAGCUCACUCGCCGGAGCCAAGCUCUCAUUCAAGCCUUCCCGCCUAAGCAUCAAAACCAAAUCCAUCCGGUCUGGUGGUGUGGUGGCUAAGUAUGGAGACAAAAGUGUCUACUUUGACUUAGAAGAUUUGGGAAACACAACAGGUCAAUGGGAUCUAUACGGCUCUGAUGCUCCUUCUCCUUACAACCCUCUUCAGAGCAAGUUCUUUGAGACAUUCGCUGCACCAUUCACAAAGAGAGGUUUGCUCCUCAAGUUCUUGAUUCUCGGAGGAGGAUCUUUGCUCACAUAUGUCAGCGCUUCCUCCACCGGUGAUGUUCUUCCCAUCAAGAGAGGUCCUCAGGAGAAGCCUAAGCUCGGUCCUCGCGGCAAACUCUGAUUUAGAUUCAUGCAUCUUUGUUACCUUCUCUCCCUCCUUAUAAUCUCAUAAACAUUUCUCAAUACUACAAACCCUUCAAAUGACUUUUGAUUUUAUGUUACAUAUAUCUCUUUCCCUAAUUUUACAAAAUAAAUAUUCUUCUCAAGAGUAUUGACUUGCUGCUGGACUCCUUGUGGUUCCAUGAGAUUCAAGAUAAGAGCUACUCUUCUUGUUGUUAGCCAUGAUCAUGGUGGAUACUCUGGUCAACAGUUUCUUGCCUGAAUCUAUGAGUGGUGCAUCGUUCUUGUCUUCCAUAUCCCAUUGCAUUACCUCAGACAGUGAGAUGGGAGCCUUCUGUUUUAUCGGUCUCUCCUCUAAAAGACAAAAGUUUUUUUCUUCUUCUUCCUUCUUAGGACUCUCUGUUUCUUUCACUAUAUAUCUCUUACAAAUCAAGUUUUCAGGGUGCUGACUUAGCUGAUCAGCUUGAAGAACAUCUUCUAUCCUUGACAAUACCGUGUGUGCCAAGCUUUCAAGAACUCUUGAAUAACUUUCCAUUAUUGCUAACCCUAUAUCCUACAAAAAAAAAUAGUUUGUUUAAGACAGAACAUAAACAAGUUAACUCUUAAAAUGUGAUUUUGGAACAUGUUUUUGAUUGAUUACUUUGUUGAAUUGUAUCUUGCUGAUGUCAAGUGUGGAUUGAGAGAUUCCUGGGAAUCUUAGUUUGAUAAGAAGCAAGAUGGUUUCUGCUCUUU